CACGAUGUCGCUGCAAACAACACUGAAGGUACAGUGGGGUAAAACUGCGCUUACCCGAAAGAGCGUCGGACUAGUUCUCCACACUCGGUAACCGCACUUUGCCGUUCACCUUGAGCCGAACCCCACCUUGUCGCCCUUCACGCCAGUUCACGACAGAUCGUUCAAGACCAGAGCGGGUGGUAUAAAUGUGACUUUGUUCCCUGCUCAAGCAUCUCUCCUGCCAAGACCUCUUUCACAAUGCCAGAAACAAUCAAACUUGCUGAGUACCUGUUCACGCGCUUGAACCAAUUAGGCGCUAGUGCUGUUCAUGGAGUGCCAGGUGACUUCAAUCUUGACUUGCUUGAUUAUGUCGAGCCUUCAGGCUUGCUCUGGGUUGGCAACGCCAACGAAUUGAAUGCAGGUUAUGCUGCGGAUGGCUACAGCAGAAUUCGAGGCAUUGGCGCUCUGGUUACCACCUUUGGGGUCGGCGAGCUGUCAGCUAUCAAUGCGAUCGCGGGUGCUUAUGCCGAGCGUGCGCCGGUUGUACACAUUGUCGGAACACCGGACAGGGCAACGCAAGACGGACGAGUCACGGUUCAUCACACUUUCAACGACGGCAACUUUCGUAGAUUCGGCCAGAUGCACGCGCACAUCACAGUGGCUCAAACCAGUCUGAGGGAUCCCCUGGUUGCGCCCCAGGAGAUUGAUCGAGUACUGCAACAAUGCUUGAUACACAGCCGCCCAGUAUACAUCGAAGUUCCAGUCGACCUGGUAGGUGCACCAGUUCGGGCAGCGAGAUUGCAAGAUCGAAUUGAGCUUCCAGAGCCACUCGAUUCGGCAGCAGUGAGCAACGCUAUCAAUCAGGUACUUGAUAAGCUGUACGCCGCCAAGCACCCGGUCAUCCUGUUCGAUGGUGAAUGCAGAGCACUUAACAUUUCCAAGGACGUUCAGUCAAUCGCCGAAGCCACUCAAUGGCCCAUUUGGACGACCUCGUACGGCAGAGGCCUCAUAAACGAAAGCAUUCCCAACUUCCAGGGCGCAUACAAAGGAAUGUUCGAUGACGCUCAGACACAAGACUUCUUCAAUCAGUCAGACUUGGUCCUAGUUUUUGGUCCGCAUUUCAGCACGACAAACUCCUAUGCAUUAACAGCAAAGCCUAAACCAGAAGUCAGCAUCGUUUUCUCAGAUACAGAAAUUGAAAUUGGAGGCAAGAUAGUUCGCGAUAUUCCCGCGAGAUUGGCCGUUUCCCAGCUCUGCGCAAAACUCGACACAGCCAAGAUCGCAAAGUACUCACCAUCAGACCUGGAAUGUCUCACAUGGAACAAGCCGCAGACUACAUCCUUUACGAACACAGCAAAAGACGAAGUCAUCUCACAUUCUAAACUCUGGGAUCUCUUCGCUCCCUUUCUCCGUCCCGGCGACAUUGUUAUGGGUGAGACCGGUACAUCUGGCUACGGUGUACGCGAAAUGCGCACACCACCAAACGUUCGUGUCUUUGCACCUGUGACUUGGUUAUCGAUAGGAUACAUGCUGCCGGCCGCACAGGGAGCAGCAUUGGCUCUGCGGCAGAUGCAAUCGCAGGAGAAUGGCGCUCCGCAAAGCGAGACGAAGAGCGGCAGGACGAUACUAUUCAUUGGAGACGGCAGUCUGCAGAUGACAGUACAGGAGAUUUCAACAAUGAUACGGCACAACCUCGAUGUCAUUAUUGUAGUGCUGAACAACGACGGAUAUACGAUUGAAAGGGCUAUCCAUGGGCUCAAAGAGUCGUACAAUGAUGUUGCAGCGUGGAGAUAUCUCGGUGCACCGAGCUUCUUCGGUGCUAAAGAUGGCUCGUUCACUGCCCAAGCGAGGACAUGGGGCGAGCUCGAGGAGGUUCUGGCGAAUAAGGAACUUUCAGAUGGAACUGGACUGAGGAUGGUGGAGCUGUUCCUGGACCGUGAGGAUGUGCCCAAGGGCCCGUUGGCAAUGCUGAUGGGUAAAGAACAGAAGCGCACAGAAGGGUUGAAGACCAAACGUGAAGUGAUAUCAUAG